AUGGUGGUGGUGUUUACUUGUCUUGUGCGAAUCUAUGGGGUUCCUGGUGCUGAGUUAGGAGACCUUAGCUGGAUCUCCAAAGUGCAAGUGAAUCACCCAGCAGUUCUGAGGCGCGCAGAACAGAUCCAAGCUCGCAGAACCGUGAAAAAGGAGUGGCAAGCUGCUUGGCUCCUGAAAGCUGUUACCUGUAUAGAUCUUACUACCCUUUCUGGUGAUGACACAUCUUCCAACGUUCAAAGGCUCUGCUACAAAGCUAAAUAUCCAAUCCGGGAAGAUCUCUUAGAAGCUUUAAAUAUGAACGAUAAAGGCAUUACUACAGCUGCUGUUUGUGUUUAUCCUGCCCGAGUAAGUGAUGCUGUAAAAGCUCUAAAAGAUGCAGGCUGUAACAUCCCAGUAGCAUCAGUGGCCACUGGAUUUCCAGCUGGGCAGACUCAUUUGAAAACACGAUUAGAAGAGAUCAGAUUGGCAAUUGAAGAUGGAGCUACAGAGAUUGAUGUGGUAAUUAACCGGACCUUGGUGCUGACAGGCCAGUGGGAAGCCCUUUAUGAUGAGAUUCGUCAGUUUCGCAAGGCCUGCGGAGAAGCUCAUCUCAAAACCAUCUUGGCAACAGGAGAACUUGGAUCUCUUACCAAUGUCUAUAAAGCCAGCAUGAUAGCAAUGAUGGCAGGAUCAGAUUUUAUUAAGACUUCAACCGGAAAAGAAGCAGUAAAUGCCACCUUCCCAGUAGCUAUAGUAAUGCUACGGGCCAUUAGAGAUUUCUUCUGGAAAACUGGAAAUAAGAUAGGGUUUAAACCAGCAGGAGGCAUCCGCAGUGCCAAAGAUUCCCUUGCUUGGCUCUCUCUUGUAAAGGAGGAGCUAGGAGAUGAGUGGUUGAAGCCUGAACUCUUUCGAAUUGGUGCCAGCACCCUGCUUUCAGACAUCGAGAGACAGAUUUACCAUCAUGUGACCGGAAGAUACGCAGCUUACCAUGAUCUCCCAAUGUCUUAA